GGGGCCGACCGCUCCGACCGGUUCUCUGGGGUGGAGAGAUGAGAGGAAGAGGGAGAAAAAAGAGAAAGAUAGAGGCAGAGAGCGCGGAGGGUGUACGCGGGGCGUUCUUCCCUCGUCUUUAACGCACUUCUUUCUCCGCGAGCGCUCGGUUCAUCCGCGAGGAGGUUCUCAAGCGAGGGCCGCGACAGAAACAAAAAAAAAUAAAAAAAAGAAGAAAGAAAAACAGCCUGCGUCCAGGUGGGGAACAGCUGAGAGACAGUUUCCUGUGACUCGUUCUCGAAGGCAAUGGAGUGCUUCAAUGACCUCCUCCUUAAACUGCAGGAGGUCCACGAGCGAGAAGUGGAGGGAUGGCAGGUGAAAGUUCAGGAGCUGUCCAACAAGAAGGGCUGUGAUACGAAGCGGAUGGAGGAACUGUUCACCAGAAACCAGCAGAUGAAAGAGCAGCAGAGAUUACUCACCGAGAACAUUAAGACACUGGAAAAUAGGUUGAGGGCGGGGCUGUGCGACAGAUGCACCGUGACGCAGGAGGUAGCCAAGAAAAAGCAGCAGGAAUUUGAGGCCUACCAGAUGCAAAGCUAUCAGCACAUAGCUCGGAUGGUGGGAGACGUGAACAACCUGAAAAUGGAAAACAAAAGACUCAGAGAUGAAAUCAGGAAUUUAAGAACAGCACUUGAAGACCACGCCACCAGCAUCCUCACCACCCCAGACUUCAAACCGAACAGCUCCCCAGACCUGUCCCCCUCCUCCUCCGGGCCGACGGCCCCCGCCAACACGCCAACCAGCAGGACCUGCAACCAGCCACCAGAGGGCAACCUCACAGUAAAAACAGAGACGGAGCAGAGGAAUGAGGAAACUGAACACAGACACUCGAGAGGGACGAACCGAGCCCAUCUCGAGUCGUACAACUCGCGGCCACAUCAUGCGCUGCCGACCUGGAAGAACGAAAACAGUGGAAGCCGCGGUGGCGAGAGGAGGUCUGUUGACGGAGUCGACCAGCGCUCCUCCCUCCCUACACAAGCGCUCCACAGGAGCUCUUCAUCCUCGGCUGCUGGCGGAGAGGUGAAACCCAGCCGGCACGUCCUCCACGCUCCCGUCCCCUGCCGUCCUCAGCCGAUCAAGAGCGGCUCCGUGUCCCUUCCCUGGCCCUUAUCCGAGUCCUCUGACUGGGUCACCGUGGCGUCUGCAGGCACCAACCUGGCGACGCAAGCUCCCACCAAACUAAACAUGAUACGCUUCCCCAACCUGAUCCCGACGAGCCAGCAGCCCAGCCUGAGGAGGCAGAGUCUGGGCUCUUCUUCCUGGCAGAAGCAGAACGCCCCCCAGCCCCAGACUAAGGAGCCCACUGUGGUGUUGAGGUUGAAGAGUCUGAAAGAGCCCCCGGAGAGUCAAACUAAGCCCCCGGAGAAAAAGGAAAACCCGCCGCCCAAGCCUGAAAGGGUCUCCUCCGGAGAAGCACCUCGAGACCCGUUCGACGGGCCUCUGGACUUGUCCGACCGAGGGAAGUCCAAACCCAACCAGACGCCCAAAGAUGAUUCAGCCUUAGCUCUAGUAGGUUUAACAAGAGUAAGGAAGAACCCAGACAUGGAUGUGAGCAACUCAUCUGCUUUCGUUCCGGUAUCAUCACCCGUCAUUUAUCCCUCAUCCUCCUGCACACCGCCGGACAUACAAGAGCAAGAGCCUACCAGCGAUCAGGACCACAAGAUGGUCCAAGAUCAGGAGCAGAAAGAGGAGGUGAAUGGGAAGACAGAGCAAAGCAAUGGGAAGAAGGUCCCUGUCCUCACGAUAUCAUUACGUCCAGUAGUAGUGUUGGAGAGUCUGAACUCUGCGCUACAAAAGCAAGAAUCCUUAGCAUCAAACGACAAGUCGCUGUCGCUGUCGCCAGCGGACGAACCAGGAAGCAGCUCGGCCGAAGCGGACGAGGACGACGACGAGAGCGAGUCGGGCCGAGACAGCAACCGGGGAGGCAGUAGGAAGAGGCCACGUGUGGAGACGGACUCUGACGGACACUCAGGUGCAGACACAGGCAGCAUCCAUCAGGACAGGAAGAUCAAGAUCGCAGUGAGAGCUGAGGAGAAGAGCUCGAGCUGAAGAGGACGACGCUGAUAACGUUGACUUGGCGGAAGCUUCUCACUCGAGCAGUUGCAGUAUUUUUGGAAGCAUUUGUGUUUUCCCAGCGGUGACUCUAUUUCAGUUCAGUUUUGUGUGUGUGUGUGUGUGUGUGAGUGUUUGUGUGCGCGCGUGCAUGUGUGUGUGUGUGUGUGUGUGUGUGUGACUUCUCUUUUCACAAGAACAUUUCAGUAUUAAGGUUUAGAGGCAUCUGUUUGAAUUCUCCGUCGAGUCACCGUCUCCAAAGUUUAACAAAAAACACAUCUACGAAAACAGAAACGACUACGCUGCUUUCUCUUUCUCUUGUUGAAACUUUUAAAAACCUUCCGUGGAACCUUAGCCGUCAACAUUAUGUGUGGAGCCACCCUGCGCUGCUGGGUGGGGGGAUGAGACGCUAAAGAAAAAUCGCACAUUUUGCAACACAUCUGAGCCCAGUUUCACAACUCAGACGAGCACGAUUUAAAAGUGAAGAUGAGCUGAAACUCGACUGACAGUGGGUCACUUUGACUUCGCUCUCAGUGCCGUGUCAUCCCUGCGCAGUAGUAAACCUGCUGUUUCACAAAAAUAACUUCUUACUUCUUCUUACUUUUUUUUUUUUUUGUUGUUCCCCAGAAGGUUUGCUAACCUCAACCACCUUAAAGCCAAACUAAAUGAAACCGGCUACGUUCGGGGGGUCACCUUCAGUGCCAGUUUCCUGGCAUUGCUGUCACGGCUGCCUGGUUAUUUUUGUCUCGGAGACCCCCACCACCCCACCCCUUAAUGUUUUAUGCGGUUAACGAGGAGAAAAAAAAAAAAAAAACCUUCCUCUUCCUCUUUUUCAUUUUCAGAACACUCACAUUUUGCAAGUUUUAACUUUCCACUCACAGCUGUGGCAGCCUGUGUCGAGCCGUGCGACAAAAACCCAGUUCAUUAAUCAACAUUUUUAGUCGGUCAAUAAUACACUGUGGGCAAAAUAAAUAAAUAACUAUAUAUUUUUUGCUUACAUUUCUUAAUCAACCUCAGUAUUGAGCAAAACUACACAAUAUUAAGGAAAUAUUUAAAAUUUUAACCCUUUAAAGGAUUUAUUUUAAAAAAAGUCACAGAUAUGAGGGAAAAUACACACAAAAUUACAAAUUUUCAAUAAUAAAAAAGGAAAGAUGAGAAACAGGAGAUGUUUUACCUGGUAACACAGUCUUAGAUAUGUCAAAGAUCAGCGGCGUCAUUGACUUUAAAGUGUAUUUAGUUUUUGUGCAGCAUCAGAUUUUAAUUAAAACUCCUGCUCGAGCUUUUUAGCCCCAUUGACUCCCAUUAUUACACAAUUCAUAAUGUCCAGAAAUGACACUAAAUACCAAAGUAUUUUUCAAUGCUGGUGAUUCAGAGGGUUCAAUUAGGCAAUUUUACUGUAGAUUACCAAAUCGCACCAUUUACGUAGGCCUGUUGUAUGAAAAAGAUUAGUUUCAUUUUGUUUUUAUUUUUCCCCAUAUCUGUGACUUUUUUUAAAAAAAAUUGCCAUUUAAAGGGUUAGAUUUCUAUUAAAAAAAUACUUAGUAGUUUUGAUCAGUACUGAGGUCGAUUAACAGAUUUAAGCACAAAAAAAAUGAACAAAUAUUGACUGUUUUCAGCCACGAACGCUACGAAAGUAAGUUUUCUUUUAACGGUACAAAACAGUUAAUUAGCUCCUGAAGCACCUCUUUAGUUUAAAUAUAUAAACAUAUACAGCAGAAACCAGGACAGCGGCUAAAAAUACAGCGUAAUUAUUUUCUUUUUACUCUUUUCUUCUGCCUCGUGAACCCUGCAUGUACAGUCCUGAUGCUACUGAUUCCUAUGAUGUCUCUCUCAUGCCAUUAUUGUCCAUUAAGAACCAUACUCUGACAAUUAUAAGUGUCAUUUGUCGUCUGUGUGUUAAUUGAAAUGUGACUCCCUGCUGUGCUCUCAUCUGUCCAGUUAAAUCCUUUUACAAACUGUAUGUAUGUAUGCACUAUAAACGACUAUAAAUGACUUGAAUGUCA